GUCACGUGGAGCCUUUAAACUCGCGCCAUUUUCUGUGCAGGCUCUAUUCUUCCGCAGCCGGCGUCGCGUUCUGCUCUGUUUCUUUGUGUUCGAGAAAAACAGGUGAUUCAACAUGUCUGACGAGGGAAAGCUCUUCAUUGGUGGUCUGAGCUAUGAUACCACAGAGCAGUCCUUGGAGGAGGCAUUCUCCAAAUAUGGAUCAAUUGCCAAAGUUGAUGUCAUCAGGGACCGUGAGACCGACCGCUCCAGAGGCUUUGGCUUUGUUACAUUUGAAAAUCCAGAGGAUGCAAAGGAUGCCAUGGCUGCAAUGAAUGGAAAGUCUGUUGAUGGCCGCAUGAUUCGUGUUGAUGAAGCUGGCAAAUCUGGUAGACGGUCCGGUGGCUUCAGAGGCGGUUCUGGAGGUGGCAGGGGGUUCUUCAGGGGUGGUAGAGGUGGAGGAGGAUACGGUGGUGACAGGAGCUUUGGUGGCGAUAGGGGCUAUGGCGGAGGUGACCGAUCCUACGGUGGUGGCGAUAGAGGCUAUGGUGGAGGAGAGAGAAGCUAUGGUGGAGGUGACCGAUCCUACAGCGGGGGUGGUGGUGGUGGAUAUUCCAACAGGAGUGGUGGAUACUCUGGUGGCAGCGGCGGUGGAUACAGGGAUAAUAGGAGUCAGGGGGGAUAUGACCGUUCUGGCGGAUCCUACAGAGACAGCUAUGACAGCUACGCUUCACACGAGUAAAAAAAAAAAUCCUGAUUGCAAGAUCAUCGCUUCGCUGGCUGUAUUUAAAAAGAUGCGCUCUUGGAAGACUUUUUUAUUUUUAUUUUCUUUACGUUUUGUGUUCUGGUUCAAAUGUUCUAUUAAAGACAGACUCCUUUUUUUACCGUGUCAAGUAUCCACAGGAUGUUCCUCUCAUUGAGGAGCUGCCUAAUGUCCAUGAGCAUUCAGUUACUGUAAGAGUUUCAAGUUCUGUGAGGCUACCUGUAUCUGCCAUUUUAUCUUGCGAUUGUGUUAUAGAUGCUCAGAGGUUUGAAAUUGCCCUUUUGUUGUUUUGUUUUUUGUUGUUUUGUUUUUUUAGUAUGUGUUUAAGAAACUGUCUCUGAAACCAUGCGUGAAAAUUAACCUGUCCAACACAGCCUGAUAGCUUCUAAAACCAAUUUCCUCAAAGAUUUUUGGACCAAUUUCUUAAUAUCGGCUCAUUGAAAGUGCUUAGGUGGGCAUUUGCAUUUAAACUAUUUUAAAACGGCAGUUUCGCCACAAGAAAAUAUUCUAAUCUGAUCCUCCAAUAGAAGCUUGAUAAGCUGUGAUGUGUUCUUUAUGGCUCUUUGCCGCCUCCAUUUUGUGAUGCAUUCCUUUAGUGAAGCAAGGCAGGCAUGUUGCAUUGGAGUUGACUCCAGCAAACCUCCUUGAUAUUGCUAAAGAUUUGUAAAUAUUCAUUAUCCAAAGAGUAAACCACUGAAUUGGGUCAUUCCACCUCACAUUAGGAGUGAUGGCCCAGGGUACUUUACUCUUUGUGCAGUCUAAAUUUACUUUUUAAAGUAUGCUCUACUGUGGACUGAACUUGUCCUCUUAAAUGUCAAGAAUCUGUUCCUCCCUGGAAAGAAAUGUGCUCUGUUCUGUAUAUCAACGCCUCAGAAUCCCUUUUUUCUUUUUGUAUUAAUCUGGCUUCAUGAAGCCCAUUAAAAAAUGGUUGGAAAAUGCUCUUUCGUUUGCAUUCGAUAUUUAAAAAGCUCCAUAUAAACCAGAUGAAUGUCUUGGAGUGGCUAGCUGGGGAUUUAGCAUUUGGGAUCUUAAAUAUUUUUCAUUAGGCAAAUACAACUUAGUAUUAGAUAAGCAAACAAACAAAGAUGAUAUGGCAAGCAAUGGUUCUGUGUAAUGCUUCAUUGGAUCCAAGAGUUCUCUGCUAGCAAUUACGGAAAUCAUCAAUGUCCUUGGAGAAUGAAGUGUUGUGCCUUCCGACUCAAGAAUCCUGAGAUGAAAGCUGCUCUCUUGACUAGGUCAAUUGUGGAGAUAGGCCUGUAAUGUGAGGUAAAACCUUUUGCUCUCCUGUACGCAUUCUACAACCGUUCUCAUUGUCCAUGUUUUCUUCGAAUGUUGCCUCGACCAGUGACUAUCUCCAGAAUCUGUUCAGUCCUGAUCCACAACCUAAGAAACACUUCCUGUUCCCUGUU